AGUUGCUCUUCACUCCCCAUUCCUCAUUCCUUACUUUCACUCUUCACUCUCCACUCUUCACUCUCCACCCUUCACUCUCCACCCUUCACUCUCCACUCUCCACUCUUCACUCUUCACUCUUCACUCUCCACUCUCUCAUUCCAUUCCAAUUUCCUUUACUUUCAUUCUCAUCCCUCAUGUCAGCACAAACUGCUCCAACUUCAGCAUCCCUGACUAUUACUGCUGUGCCUGGAUCAUCGCCGCCCGUUUCAGUUACAAAAACAUCAGUAACACAGCCACGAGUGAUAGUAGGGGAAGAUAAACGAAACCAGAAAAAAUCACAUGGCUUUAUUGCCGGUGUCUUCUCGGGCAUCACCAAGUUGAUUGUUGGACACCCUUUUGACACAAUCAAAGUGCGCAUGCAGACAUCAGGGGCAAAUCAAUUCCAAGGACCUUUGCAAUGUCUUACAGAGACAAUCAAGAAAGAGGGUCCUCGAGCUUUGUAUAAGGGUGCUACUCCACCUUUGAUCGGAUGGGCAUUUAUGGACAGCCUCAUGCUUGGAUCUCUAUCAUACUACAAACUGAUGCUACAAGGAGGAGACCCUAACGUUAAACUGACACCAUUCUAUAAUGGUCUUGCUGGCAUUGGCGCUGGAGUUACUGUCUCAUUUCUUGCAGCGCCUAUCGAACACGUCAAGGCUCGUCUUCAGGUCCAAUACGAUGCCAAGACGAAGCUUUAUAAUGGGCCUAUUGACUGUGCUAGACAGUUGAUCAAGAACAAUGGGGUCACUGGGCUCUGGAAGGGAUUGGUGGCAACGCUCUGGUUCCGAAGCUGGUUUUUCAUGUGGUGGAGCAGUUACGAGAUAUUCGCCGCUGAAUUCCGCAAGAGAACCAACAUGUCCGAGGCAGCCAUCAACUUUUGGGCAGGAGGACUCGGUGCCAAUACUUUCUGGGUUUUUGCUUUCCCUUGUGAUGUGGUCAAAAACAAAAUCAUGACUCAACCCGACGUCAAGAACCCGCCCUUUCCAACCAUCGUCAGUUGUUUCAAGCAUGUGUACAAGACAGAAGGACUCAGGGGAUUCUACAGAGGGUUUGUGCCAUGCUUGCUCCGUGCAUUCCCAACAAAUGCCUGUGCGCUUACCUCGUUCGAAUUGAUCAUGCGAUGGCUCAGGAAGAUUGACGAAUAAGAAUUUAAAAAAAAAGAGUCAGUGUUGACACAUGUAGAAAUGGAUCGAAAGAAAGAAAGAAAAAAGCAUAUUAUUAUCAUGACAAGCUCAGUGUACCUAUCUCAAUUAUAUAGAUUUCGUAUUAUAUCAAAUAUACCCUUCGGCAAUGUCUCUG